GGGGCCCGGCAGCCUAUGGGAGCGCGGCGCGGUGGGAGGCCGGGGGUGAGAGCGGCGCCCCCGGAACGGGAAGCGGAGCCGUUCCGCGCCGCCCCUUGUCCCGCGGCGCGCACGAGCGCCCGCCGGGCCCGCGCUUCUCCCGCCAUGAGCCUGCCCCUCAACCCCAAGCCGUUCCUGAACGGGCUGACGGGGAAACCGGUGAUGGUGAAGCUGAAGUGGGGGAUGGAGUACAAGGGCUACCUCGUCUCCGUGGACGGCUACAUGAACAUGCAGCUUGCAAACACAGAGGAGUACAUAGACGGUGCGUUGUCUGGACACCUGGGUGAAGUUUUGAUAAGGUGCAAUAAUGUUUUGUACAUCAGAGGUGUGGAAGAAGAGGAAGAAGAUGGAGAAAUGAGAGAAUAGGUGUUUUGUAUUUCUGAAAAUAAACCUUUCUUUUCUUUUUUGUUUUUCAUACUUCUGUAGUAAGAUGUUUAUUUCUGUUGUGUUUUAGUAUGGGGAAAAUUAACUCUUUAAAAAAUGUUAAUAUUUUAUUGGUGUCUGAAAAACUAAUGCUGGAGGAGCUAUAGGUAAUUGGUUCAAUUGAAAGUUGGAAAUAUUGAAAUGAAAAGCAAGGACUUUAAAAAUACCUUAAAAGUUUUCUUCCCAUCUGAAAUACAGGAAGACUUGGCAGUAUCUAUACUUUACAGUAUGUAUGUCAUGACUAUUUAAAUACGUUUCAUCUUUAAACAUGUUUAUAAAACAUUUAGAAUUAGCUGGGAAGAUUUCACUGCAAGUGAGGCGUGGCGAUCUGUUAUACCCCAGUUUCCCUCAGAAAUAUUCUCCUGCUUUGAGUCAGGAAGCUUGAAGUGUGGCUGUAUGGUCAUUAAGAAAGGACAAAUGUAUAUCUACUUAGCAGCCAACAGCCACACAGCCAAAAGCCUCCUGGCAGCUGCAGGGAUCCACAGACUUCAGUGGCAUUAAUGGGGUUGAGGCAAGAGACUGCAGAAGGGAGUGUGCUUUGUGAGUCUCUGCUGAAGAAUGGAAAGGAUACUGUGGUCCUCCUGAGCAUGUUGUGAAGAUGUUCUGCCAAAAAGCUGCACAGGUUGUGACUGCAGUAGGUGCAUGUGGAGUGCAGAUCUCCAGGCCUGUUGUCUGGGAUCACGCAUCCUUUCAGAGACAACCGGAGUGGGCAGCGCUGGGUACUCGGGGCUGCGUUAGGAUAGAACACUGGUUAUGUGAACUGUGGGAAGGAUAGAUCCUGCAGAGAAAUACCUCCCUGUUUCUCUCUCAUGUUGGAAGUCAUCCCUGAAGCUAUCCAUGUGUUUCUUUACUAUUUACAUGUAUAAGUUUCCAUAAAGAGUGAAAAAUCAU